GACCUUCAACCUUUUACUCCCUCAAUCUCUUGCUGCACGAUCAUACCAUCCCUCCCUUUUCUUUUGUUGCUCUCUUUCUCUCUGACUAUGUUCCUCUCUCUCUCUCUCUCUCUCUCUCUCUCUCACACACACACACACACACACACACACACACACACACACACACACACACACACCAUGUUGCCAAUGGGUGUGAGGGUGUUUUUGUUCUGUCCAGACUUGUCGCUUUCCCACUGUCAAAGAGAGCAGCACAUUGUCCUGAUUUUUCACUGCACUCUUUCCCUUAGCUCCGUUCGUCCUCCCUGAACAGCAGCCAUCUUGCUAUAUUUUCUGAAUCCUCCCACAGUGACCUGGAUUGAGUCAGCCACCUGUGUGAGGGAGUUAGCUAUCGCAGACUGUACCAUGCCUGGGUUUCAUCUAAUUCCAAAUAUAUGGCAUUAUAUGACAUGCUCCUUUUCUGGUGUCAUCAUGCUUGUCAGCCAUAUUGUUCGCUCCAAACCCACCCGAUGAGCUCAUUUUUAGGUAAGAACAUGGUAUGUGCUCAGAGGCUGAUAUGUGAUAUGUCAGGUUGUAGAUGAGGCUGUCUAAUGAUCUGUGCUCUGGUCAACAGUUUUGACACACUUUUGACAAGCUGAGAUGCUAGCUGACCAAGCUGUCCAAUGUGUCUCCCUCUCUGUCCUCUUUCAAUCUCCCUCCAUCCGUCUCUCUUUCAUUCUCUGGAGAGACAUAACCCAGAUUUUAAAAAUGAACUGCUGCCUAUCUCUCCUCAUCUACUCCCUGCUUCUCUCUCUCUGUCACUUUCUCUCUUUUUACCACACACGCUCUUCCUGUUGGUAAAAACAGAAUCAAUCUUGGAAAGUGAAAAUCGCCUCAGUGUCUCUGCCCCUCUUCGUUCUCUAUUGGAUAAAGGAAUACAGAGUCCUCUACUCCUCCUCCAUAUUUCUGCGUUCCUGGAAAGCUUCACUCAACCUUCAACUUUCUUUCUCUUCUUUUUCUUUUUUUUCCUUCGGGGGCUUUUCAAAGGGUUUUCCUUAUUUUUGGUUUUGGUUUCCUGCAUGAUCUCAAUUCUUCUACUUUUCAUGAGUCAGGGUUGACGAAGCUGUGAACCUGACGCCCACCUAGAGGAAGAGGGAGAACAGUGAGUGACCAUUUGACCAAAUCAUUUAGCAAAACAACCACAAUCAGUGGCAUGUCUACACCAGUCUCUCCAUCCCCCUCUCUUUCCCCACUGUCCUUGUCCUCUCCUUCUCCCUCCUCUUCUCCUUUGCCCUCUCCCCUCUCUCCACCCCCCAGGCUUCCAGUCUUCCAGAGGAAAGGAGCACUCAAGCACAAGAGGAUUGUUGAAGUGAAAGACCAUCAGUUCACAGCCCGCUUCUUCAAACAGCCCACCUUCUGCAGCCACUGCACAGACUUCAUUUGGGGUAUAGGAAAGCAAGGAUUCCAAUGCCAAGUUUGCAGUUUUGUGGUGCACAAACGCUGUCACGAGUUUGUCACUUUUACAUGUCCAGGAAGCAUCACUGCACCAAAAGCAGAGGAUUUGAAGAGUAAACACAAGUUUAAGAUACACACUUACUCCAGCCCAACCUUCUGUGAUCACUGUGGUUCUCUACUCUAUGGCCUCAUUCACCAGGGCAUGAGAUGCACCAGCUGUGAGAUGAACGUUCAUAAGCGAUGUGAGAACAGUGUACCCAGUCUAUGUGGGCAUGACCACACUGAGAAAAGAGGACGGAUCCACCUGAGCGUGCGUGGAGAGAAGGAGGAUAUAUAUGUCACAGUACGUGAAGCACGGAACCUGAUUCCCAUGGACCCUAAUGGCUUGUCUGACCCCUAUGUGAAGCUCAAACUUAUUCCAGAUCCCAAGAGCCACAGUAAACAAAAAACCAAGACUAUUCGUUCCACUCUAAACCCUGUAUGGAAUGAAAGCUUUGUCUUUUCAGUGAGAGGCAGGCAGUGGGAUAGGCGCUUGUCAAUAGAGGUAUGGGACUGGGAUCGCACAUCUCGAAACGACUUCAUGGGAGCUCUCUCCUUUGGAGUGAGUGAGAUAUUUCGUCGUCCUGUUAGUGGCUGGUUUAAACUGCUCAACCAGGAUGAGGGAGAGUACUACAAUAUCCCUGUACCCGAUCCAGACCUACAGGAGCCAGACUCUGCUGUCUCUCCCUCUCUUCUUCCUACUCCGGUUACUGUUCCUACACCUGUGCCUGCUGUCACCCCACCUGUUGUGAGUCCUGCACCCACCAGCUUACCAGUGGGAAAGGGCCGAGUUAGACUACAGGACUUCAACUUCCUUAUGGUGCUAGGCAAGGGCAGCUUUGGCAAGGUGAUGCUGGCCGAGGAAAGAGGGAGUGACCGCUUGUUUGCGGUGAAGGUGCUGAAGAAAGAUGUGCUGUUUCAGGAUGAGGACACAGAGAGCGCAAUGGUGGAGCGGAGAGUUCUGGGAUUGAGUGGCCGUCCACACUUCCUCACAUCUCUCUUUUGCGCCUUCCAGACUGAGGAUCGUCUGUACUAUGUAAUGGAAUAUGUGAAUGGUGGAGAUCUCAUGUUCCAUAUUCAGAUUGUUGGAAAAUUUAAAGAGCCACAUGCUGCAUUCUAUGCAGCAGAGAUAGCUGUGGGCCUCUUCUUCCUGCACAGCAAAGGCAUCAUCUAUAGAGAUCUCAAACUGGAUAAUGUGCUGUUAGACAGUGAGGGCCACAUAAAGAUCGCUGAUUUUGGGAUGUGCAGGGAAGGUAUGAUGGAGGGAGACACCACACGGACAUUCUGUGGCACUCCGGACUACAUUGCUCCUGAGAUUGUAGCAUAUCAGCCAUACGGUAAAGCAGUAGACUGGUGGUCGUAUGGGGUUCUCCUCUAUGAAAUGCUUGCUGGGCAGCCUCCAUUUGAUGGGAUCGAUGAAGAGGAGCUGUUUCAGUCCAUCAUGGAGCAAAGCGUAUCGUAUCCCAAGACUCUGUCUCGUGAGGCUGUUGCCAUUUGCAAAGGGCUCUUGACCAAGAAUCCAGUGAAGCGUCUGGGUGGGGGAGAGGCUGCAGAGAGAGAGAUACGUGAGCAUCCUUUCUUCCGUUGGAUAGACUGGGACAGACUGGAAAGACUGGAGGUUCAGCCACCGUUCAAGCCCAGGCCUGGAGGGAAAAAAGGAGAAAAUUUUGACAAGUUUUUCACGGCUGCCUCCGCAGCUCUGACUCCCUCUGAUCCAGAUGUUCUUGCAGCCAUUGAUCAGGAAGAUUUCCAGGACUUUACCUACAUAAACCCUGAUUUUCCUGGCAGCCCUCUCACUGCUGUCUGAAAUCACACAACACAAACAAACAAUGCUCCUGUCUGA